CGCGAAGCACCUCUUGGGAGUUGUAGUCCCCUCUCUUCCGCUCCUCUUCCCAGGCCUCUUUGCCGUUUCCGUCGCCUUGUCGCUCGCCGGUAGCCAUGCCGGGGGGUAGGGGUGGGAAGCCCCGCGAGGCCGCGAACCCAGCCGUAACGGGUGGGGCUGAAUCGUUGACAGAGCGGGUCCUGCGGGAGGCCCACUCGCUCUAUGUGCAUCCGGGUCACGGUCUGGUGUCGAUUGGGGGGCGAUUGGGACUGGCUUUGCUCCCCCCACGCCGCAAAGUGACUGUCAUGCUGAUGGGCAACCACAGUGCUGGCAAGAGCAGCUUCAUCAACUGGUAUGUGGAAGAGCACAUCCAACGAACUGGCGUAGCUAUUGAGACUCAGGGCUUCACCUUCAUCACCAGUGGAAGGAAGCGAGAAUCUCUCACGGGUAAUGCUACACUGCAUCUGUACCCCCAUUUCCAGGCCUUGCAGAGCUUCAAAGGGGUGCCGGAGUACCUGAGCACUGAGAUAUGUACCUCCAAACAGAGGCAGUUUCCCCUGGUCACCUUCCUCGACACGCCAGGCUUGGUGGACGGGGACAUGAAGUACCCUUUUGAUGUGGAAGCAGCGCUGAUCUGGUUCGGCCAGCUCUGUGACCUCAUCCUGGUCUUCUUUGAUCCCAUGGGGCAGGCCCUAUGUAAGCGCACCCUCAACAUCGUGGAGAAGCUCAACGAGGGACAUGGAGACAAGCUGCAUUUCUACCUCAGCAAGGCGGAUGAGGCGGGCGCGGAGGGUGACAGACAGAGGGUGCUGAUGCAAAUCGUCCAGGAGCUUUGCAAGCGUCCAGGCCUCAAUAAGUGUGGGUUUGACAUGCCCACAAUCUACAUCCCCAACUCCAAUAAGCCAAGCCGCUGCGUUAAUCAGAUCGAGGAGAUCUCCCGAACCAUCGAGAAAACGAUCAGCCAAACAGUUCAGCACACGCUCAACGCCCUCGAGCGGGACUGCCGCCUCAUUGAGCAGGCCACCCAGCAACUGCUGGAGGAUGACAAUGAGGCCAGGAGCAGCAACUUCCGGGCUUACUUCCGGGGGACGCUCUUCGGGAUCGCUGGCUGCCUGCUGCCCAUCUUUCUCCUCCUGACCUUGCUUUUUGGCACAUCGUUUGCUCGCCGGCUUUGGACUCUGGUGUUGGGAGAGGAGCAAUGCCAGGCCUUGGAGCUGUAUGUGCUCCCAGUUGCCACAGUCUGGAGUCUUGUCCCCGAAGACCAGACCGUAACAGUAUUCUUCGGCCUUCUCUUCCUCUCAGUCCUCUUCCUCCUCUUGGCCAGUUAUGCUUUCAGGACGAAGCCCACUCUGUCCAAAAAACAGAAGCGGCAGCUGGAGGACCGACGGGACUAUGUUUUGGACGUGGUGCUUGAAAAAAAGAGAAAGCUUUAUGAGGAAUACCUUCGCCAAAGCAUCGGCGAACAGGACCUGAGCUGAAACUCCUCCCUAGUGUAUUUGGAGAGACUGCCAAUCCCGUCCCCAGCCCAAAUGAAAAUCCCUCUCCUCUGAGUCGCUCCAGAGAAGGGUGUCAUACAACUGUGAACCUUCUUAGGGGUCAGCUUGAUGCCUUCUGAUCCAAUGGGCAACUUUUCCACAUCAGUCGACUCCUUGUCUUUGAUUGGCUAGAGAUGGCGUCCUGUGAACCUUCUGAACUGUGAUUAACCAUGCCUGCAGUACCAUGCGUCUGCAGUGACCGUGAUGUACUUGCCACAUUUCCUUGCUAAUAGUCCUUUACACUCACUCCUGAUGGGACAAUGCCUCCAGCCUUCCUGUGGCCUCUGUCCUCAUGAAGGGGCAACAGCAACACUGCCCCACCAGCCCCUUGCCUCCAAUUGGGCUAUGCCGCUCUCCCUGUUCCAAAUGAUUGUACCGCCAUGCCCACGUCUUUGAACAGGCAACAUUACAAGCCAGUAAUGUGCUUUAUCGGCUACUCUGCGAAGGCCAAGCAGCUUUUCCAUAGGAUAGCAGCAUCUGUCUUCUUCACCCUGAUUAGUGCCCUCCUCCUUCAGCAGUGCAUUAUGCCUGCAUCACUGCUUAGCCCCAUACAAUCUGUGACUGGCCAGUUCGCAUAUUGACCAGGCCUUGGCCCAUCUAAUAGGACAAGCACUAUAAAUGGGGAAGCCUUUUGUCUCUCAAAUGUAAAUUCUGUUGUCUGCAUCUACCAUUUGGUGAGCAAUACCUCGGAA